AUGCACUGGAUGUCUGGGACUCUAUUUUGGGCUAAACACAAAACCAGAGCCUCUCGCUCAACAGGAACAGCCAUCUACCUCGAGAACGAAAGAAACACAAGACACAACCGACGCCGCACAUGGUCCCUCCCACCCAGACCAUGCGACGCCUCCGAGACAUCAACAAUAAGCGAUAGAGGAGAUAUCCAGCACCUGCACCGCGUCGAGUCAUGCCAGGGAUACCCGCAGCUGCGGUGUAUUCGGUGUGGCGGCGUGCGUUCGCGCGACUACCACGCUCGCCACUUUGAUGACCCUGUCAAGAACCCGUCUGUGGGUAUUUGCUCGCGCGAGCGCACGAGGUGUGCCUGGGCGAAAUCAAAUCCGGAGCCGGAGUUGAUCAAGAUCGCUGAUACUAGGGCUGUUGGUACGGCUGUUCCUGGGACUGAUAAUAAGGCUGCCACUGGGAAUAGGAUUGAGACUGUGUCAAGGGCGGUGCAGGCGCCGCUGUUAGAUAUUCAUGAACUACCAGAUACCUCUGCAGAUACAAUGGACACGAAAAGCUGUUGUUGA